AUGGACUUCUACAAAAGUCUCAUGGGUACUACAUAUAAUAAUAUGAUGGGUGUGGACAUUGUAUCUAUGAGAAUAGGCAAGCAGCUAAACAAGGAGCAAAUAACCACGUUGAUUAGCAAAGUUUGUGAGAAAGAAGUGGAAAUUGCUUUAAGAAGUAUUGGUGAUCUCACUGCCCCUGGGAUUGAUGGGUAUGGGUCCAAGCUCUUCAAGCACUCUUGGAACAUGGUAAAGGAUGAUGUCAUAAAUACUGUGAGGAACUUCUUCGACGAGGAUAAAGGAUGGCAAAACUCUGGUUACCCUUAUCCCCAAAAAUGA